AUGCUAAAAGUCACGCUUUUCUUGUUUGCCGUGGCGGUUACGGUAGCUGCCCGGAACGCCGUGCAGCCGGUCAGGAUGACCACACCGGAAGGGACGCUCAUUGGAGGCCGUCGAAACACCCUACGCCCCCGUGGAUCUCGGCAACCGGAAAUCUAUGCUCAUCCGAUUGAGGGAUACCGGCUGACGACCCCGCACGAUGCUGAGAUUGGCCAGGAUGGCGACAACUACCGUCAUGAGACCAUCGGAGCAGCAGAAGAAGGAGAAGACGUCCGAGACCAUACCCUCCCCACACCAAUCCCUGAGAAGCCUGAAAAUCUCCAUCAUGGACCCACCCAUCCACCAAAAGGAAUCGUCCAAGAUUUAGCAGACAUCUCCGGCGAGCCGGCCGAGCGAUGGACGCACGUUUGCAAGUGGUGCGUGUCUAGUUCACCAGAAAAAGCCAAAUCCUGCUGUGGGGCCAACGAGCGCCUCCUCUUCUGCGCCAUGUUCAUGGCUGUCUGCGAGCACAUC